CUCACCCCGCAUUCAAAAUCCAGCCAGCGAAGCGUGCGGACGUGAGGCGAAGACAAACAGUUGAAUAAAGAUACAUGUAAAGAGCCAGAGCAGAGCCAAGAACAAAGUGAACGAACUCGAAUCUGUGCUGUGGCGUGUGUGUGCGUAACAAUAAGCAACAAAGCAUUUAGUUAAUAUUCAAAGAAGAGAAAGUCAUUGAGUCAUCAGUCGAUUGCCCGCAAUUGUGCAAUUAUAAAAGAGAGACGAGACAAAGAGCAGCGGCAGCGGCAGCAAUGGCAGUGGCCUUCUACAUACCCGACCAGGCGACUCUGCUGCGCAAGGCGGCGCAACAGGAGCAGGAGCUGCUGCGCCUACGCGACUCCCAGUGGCGCUUCCUGGCCACCGUCGUCCUCGAGACCCUACGCCAGUUCAUGGACAGCGCGGCCAGCCAGUGCCUGCCACGGUCCGGGGGCGGACGCAAGUGCGGCAAGUACCGCAAGCCCUCCCAGUAAGCAGUAAGCGGAGCCGAAAGAGAGCCGUGGAGAGGAGCAGCAGCAAUAGCAACAGCAAAGAGAAGAGAACUACAGUCCAGUCCAGAAUUAUAAGUACAAAGGAAAAACCCAGUCAUGAAUCAGCCACAUUUCUGUCCAGGAUAUGCUUCAACCAGCCACCCAAGCCACCCAUCGACCACCGCCCCAGGACUCCCCCGACAAUAUUUUUUUUUUUUUUAGUUUAAUCAUCAAAGCGAUUGUGAUAAUGGUUUUGUUUCUACGAAAAAAUUAUACAACAAAAAAUGUAUGCAAAAAAAAACAACAAAAAAUCCCUAAAAGAAUAUUUUCACAAAAACAUUUUGUACGGAAAACAAAAAAAUAGUUUCUCUAGCAAUAAUUUCCAGAUUUUAAGCAUAUUUAAAUUAAUUGACAGACUCAACUCUCUAUGUAAUCUGAAAUAGAUUGUAAGAUCUUUUUUAAGCGAUUUUUUUUUCCGGAAGAUUUUUUUUCUAUCUCAAGAGCAAAAUACUGAAUCGAAUGUCGACGAUGAGGGUUUGCCAGAAAUUGUAUCAAUUUUUUGCCAAACAUAAAAGUCAAUAAAACAAACAAUGAGAAAAUUUAAACGAAAA